CGGCGGAAGUGGCGCCGCUGGGAGAUCUUCUUCCGCUCUGAGGUGCCGCCGGGGCCGCGGAGUAGGACUGCGCUGGGACAGCAAGAGCCGGGGCCGUGGCUGACAUGGAGCAGCUCCACCUCCACACACCCUGUUUUGUGUUGUUGAACUGUGCUCCCCACAAAAAGAUAAGUUGAAGUCCUGACCCCUCUACUGCAGAAUGUGACCUUUCUUGAAAGUGGGGUCAUUAUAGAUGUGAUCAGUUAAGAUGAAGUCAUACCAGGGUAGAGCAGGCCCCUAAUCCAGUAUGACUGGCGUGCUUCUAAGAUGACCACGUGAAGACCCGCACAGGGAGGGCAUCAUGUGACAAUGAAGACAGAACUGGAGUCAUGUAGCUGCAGGCCGAGGAAGGCCAGAUUGCCAGCAAACCCCAGACACCAGGAAGAGGCAAGGGGGAUGCAGAGGGAGCGUGGGCCUAAGGACACCUUGAUUUCCGUCUUCUAGCCUCUUAAGUGUGAGAUAAUCAAUUGUUGUCGUCUUAAGCAAACAAACAAAAAACCCCAAAAUAACAGCUGUGGGAAAAGGAGAAGGAUAAAAAGUCACAAAGCACAGAUGGAAAGUUACUUUGUGACAGAUACAGGAAAGAGACAGAGAGAAAUAAAGAGAGAGAGGGAGGGAGACAGGUCUGGCAGGACACAAAAGGGCUAUUAGAGACAGGGAAAUGUCACCUGCCCUGGAGCUGUGGCGGUCAUGGUGAGGGAUGUGCUGUGUGUGCAGUCUGGCACUGAGCCGGCUGAUGGAUCUUGGGGGUCCCAUGGCCGGCGGCCUGUCACGUCCCCUCUACUGACUGCCUUGUUCCAGAGCCGGGCUUAGCUCCCCCCAGUACUGUUGAGAUGAACUUGUCAUGGGCACUCCAAGACUGUGGUACCAGGGAGUGGCCUUGGGCGAGUGCCCCUGUCAGGGAGGGGCUGCUCCAGGGUUCCUUUUCCAUUUAGAGUUCGUGAAAGCCCCAUGUUGGCGCAGGAUCUUAAGGGAUUAGGCACAUCCUUUCAUCUCUCUGAUGGCUGUUUUAUCUGUAAAAUAGGAGGAAUCACCCCUGCCCUGUGUGGGCACGAACAUGGCCGUGGACACGUAGACAUUGGGCGGCAGAACGCUGGUCCACUUUGGAGUGGCUGGCUCUUACUUGCUUCGGGUCUUCUUACUUGCCCUGGUCUUCUCCGCUACACAGCGUAGAGCUGAGUGCCAGGAGACCCUCUGGAAACUUCAUUUAUUCAACAGUCAAUUAUGAAGCACCUGUUAUGUUACAGGCUUUGUGCUGGGCACUGGGAACAUGGCAGUGACCAAGUCAGAUAACGCCCCUGCAGCCACAGAGUUUUCGGUUUAGCGAGAGAAAGGGUCGACGGUAAAAUCAAACAGUAAGGAAGAUAACUUGAGGUAGUGACAAGGUCACUGAAGAAAGUAAAGCAGUGUGAUAUAAUAUUCUGUGAGUGGGGCAAGAGGCUGGGAGGCUCUGAGGACAGGACUUUGACUGCCAGUUGAAAGGACUGGGGGAGAACAUUCCAGACAUGGGGGAGAGCCAGGUACAGGGCUCUGAGACAGGACAGAGCACCUGUGUUCAGGGGUCUAAAGGAAGGUCAGAGUGGUAGUGGCAGUGAGACGGGGCGUAAGAAGAGCAGUAAGAUGGGCUAGACUGGGCAGCCUGGACUGAAAGGGCCUGGUGAGGAGGGGCCCAUUGGCCUGAGAAUGGUGGGCAGCCUUGGUGGGUUGGGGGGGCAGGACCUGGUUGACGCUUUGGAGAGCUUUCUUUGCACCACUGCGCCGUGGAGACAUGGUGCUGGAGGGUGAGGGGGCAGCCUGGAGGCCCACCCCCUAGGAGCGGAUUGCAGCUGUCCAGGCAGAGAUGAUGGUGGCGGUCCUAUGGAGUGUGGAGGAGCGAGAGGGGGACGGUGAUGUCCUUGCUCGGUAGCCCUGUCCCAGCUCCAAGCACACAGACAGCUCUAGGAAGGCCCUCCCAGUUGCCAUGGAUGAGGGGGUGGGAGGGCAGGGCUGGCUGCUGGGAGGGAAAGUGGCUUUGUGCUUGGAAAACAAAGAACAGAGCUUGGGGCCCUCUUCUCCUAGGGGUGGGGGCAGGCCAAGAGGCUGUUGACAGGACCAGAGUGGGAGCUCAGAGCUGGGCUUGGCAGGAGCAGGCUGUGCCCCCAGGCAUUGGGGAGGCGGCCGUGCCGCUGAGGCCCCGCCCUGCCCGCCCUGAGGUGGGGCCCACCAGGAUGAGCAAACUGCCCCGGGAGCUGGCCCGAGACUUGGAGCGCAGCCUGCCCGCCGUGGCCUCCCUGGGCUCGUCGCUGUCCCACAGCCAGAGCCUCUCGUCGCACUUCCUCCCGCCACCUCCGGAGAAGCGCCGGGCCAUCUCUGAUGUCCGCCGCACCUUCUGUCUCUUUGUCACCUUCGACCUGCUCUUCAUCUCCCUGCUCUGGAUCAUUGAGCUGAACACCAACACGGGCAUCCAGAAGAACCUGGAGCAGGAGAUCAUCCACUACAACUUUAAAACCUCUUUCUUUGACAUCUUUGUCCUGGCCUUCUUCCGCUUCUCUGGACUGCUCCUGGGCUACGCCGUGCUGCGACUCCGGCACUGGUGGGUGAUUGCGGUCACUACACUGGUGUCCAGCGCAUUCCUCAUUGUCAAGGUCAUCCUCUCUGAGCUGCUCAGCAAAGGGGCAUUCGGCUACCUGCUCCCCAUUGUGUCCUUUGUCCUCGCCUGGUUGGAGACAUGGUUCCUCGACUUCAAAGUCCUACCCCAGGAGGCCGAGGAGGAACGAUGGUAUCUUGCUGCCCAGGCUGCUGUCGCCCGUGGACCCCUGCUGUUCUCCGGUGCUCUGUCUGAGGGCCAGUUCUAUUCACCCCCAGAAUCCUUUGCAGGGUCUGACAAUGAAUCAGAUGAAGAAGUUACUGGGAAGAAAAGUUUCUCUGCCCAGGAGCGGGAGUACAUCCGCCAGGGGAAGGAGGCCACAGCGGUGGUAGACCAGAUCUUGGCCCAGGAGGAGAACUGGAAGUUCGAGAAGAAUAAUGAAUAUGGGGACACUGUGUACACCAUUGAGGUUCCCUUUCAUGGCAAGACGUUCAUCCUCAAGACCUUCCUGCCCUGCCCUGCGGAGCUGGUGUACCAGGAGGUGAUGCUACAGCCCGAGAGGAUGGUGCUGUGGAACAAGACGGUGACCGCCUGCCAGAUCCUACAGCGAGUAGAAGACAACACCCUCGUCUCCUAUGACGUGUCUGCAGGGGCUGCGGGUGGCGUGGUCUCCCCCAGGGACUUUGUGAAUGUCCGGCGCAUUGAGCGGCGCAGGGACAGAUACCUGUCCUCAGGCAUUGCCACCAUACACAGCGCCAAGCCUGCCACCCACAAAUACGUCAGGGGAGAGAAUGGCCCCGGGGGCUUCAUCGUGCUCAAGUCGGCCAGUAACCCCCGAGUCUGCACCUUCAUCUGGAUUCUCAACACAGAUCUCAAGGGCCGCCUGCCCCGGUACCUCAUCCACCAGAGCCUCGCCGCCACCAUGUUUGAAUUUGCCUUUCACCUGCGGCAGCGCAUCGGAGAGCUGGGGGCGCGCGUGUGACCAUGCCUCCUUGCCCACCCUGCAGGCCAGGGUCCUGUCGCCACAGCCUCCAGAGCCAGAAAGGGGGGCAGCUGGGCUUCCUGCUGUUCACACAGGACCUGGCCCCAAGCUGCCACCAUCCACUGAGCCACUCUGUGCUGGAGCCACCGCCCUGGGCAGGUGGAGGGUCGAGUGCUCAGACUCGGGGACUCUGCUGGCCGGAAGAAGUGGGGUCUGUCCUGUUCUUAUUUCCAUGGGGUGUCCCCACCUCCUGGAG